AUGGAAGAUGAUAGUUCAUUCAACUCUAUCGAUUUGUUGCUAGGGAGACAAUUUCUCAGCACAGCUAGAAUGAAGAUCGACAUGCGUGAAGGCACGCUCACAAUGGAGUUUGACAGAGAAGAGGUAAAAUUUGAUGUCUACGAUGCAAUGAAGUACUCUGAUGGCAAUUUUUCCCUUUGCAGCAUAGACAUUGUUGAUCCUUUCGCUCAAGAAGCAUUCAAACUAAGGAAGAAAGACAAGUUGGAGGUAGUUGUAACCAAAAACUUAACAUUGGACAGCCUUGACAAUAGCACAUCUCAACUCGAUGAGGAAAUCGUAGAAACAGUUCGCUCAUUGGACACAUCAAGCCAUAACGACAUUAGAUCUUUUCUUGGUCAUGCAGGAUUUUACAGGAGGUUUAUCAAGGACUUCUCAAAAGUCACUCAGCCAUUUUGCAAGCUUUUGCAAAAGGAUGCACUGUUUAAUUUUGAUGAAAAGUGUCAAGAAGCCUUUGACACUCUAAAAUAA